AUGAUGGAUUUCCUUAUCAAGUUUGCGCAGGCGCAUGAGAGCUUUCGAGUUCCAGAGAUCGAAGCCCUGGCUCUAGUCGAGGGCCUGGACAUGAAAAUAGUUGACUAUAGCCAAGAUUCCCCGUUUUGUAUCGUGCAACUUGCAUCAGUGGAAGCGGCGAAACGCCUGGCUAAAAGAUCCAUUCUCAUACAAUCCAUUCAUGAACUCUGGGGCAAAGGAAGUACCCUGGACGAACUUCACGAAUCAGUCAGGACAAACACGUCCCACCUCUGGAAUAGCUAUCUUGGAAAGUCAUUCAAAUUCGAUGUUGAUCCCUAUCAAGGAACUCGCUCCGCGAAGAAACGGAUCGAACUCAUAAAUUCUUUCCGAUUUGUGGGCUGGACCGGACCGGUAAAGAUGUCAAAUCCUGAUAAUCUAUUCACUAUUUUCGAGAUGUGGCCGUACGACAGUGUUCCUCAGAACAUUCCGGAUCCCACGAUGAUGUACCUUGCCCGACACGUAGGAAACUCGUCGCGGGAGAUUUUGGUUAGGUUCGACCUGAAGAAGCGAGGAUACAUUUCUACGACAAGUAUGGAUUCCGAACUUGCCCUGGUCACUGCCAACAUAGCUCUUGCUGCUCCCGGAAAGCUCUUUUACGAUCCAUUUGUUGGAACUGGCUCCUUUCCUGUUGCAUGUGCUCAUUUUGGUGCUCUGGCUUUUGGAAGCGAUAUCGAUGGCCGGAGUAUUCGUGGCGAGGGUGGUAAAAGGAGUCUGAAAGGAAAUUUUGAGCAGUAUGGUAUUGGAUCUUGCUUGGGAGAUGUGUUCUCGGCCGACUUGACCAACACACCGAUCAGAAGACAUCGUCGAACAUGGGACGGCAUUGUUUGCGAUCCGCCGUACGGUGUGCGAGAGGGGCUGAGAGUUCUUGGCCUUCGUGAUCCCGAGAAGACGCCCUGGCUAAUAGAACAGGGGAAGGAACAUGGAAUGAAACCCACAUACGUACCACCCAAGAAGCCCUAUAGCUUUCUGGUGAUGCUCGACGACAUCCUCAACUUUGCAGUCGAGACGCUGGUAGACGAAGGACGACUGUCGUUCUGGAUGCCAACUGCCAACGACGAGGAACAAGAGAUCCCAGUGCCUACCCAUCCUUACCUGGAAGUUGUCGUGGUCUGUACCCAGCCUUUUAACAAAUGGUCCAGAAGACUCAUCACCUACCGUCGAGUACCCGAUGCACAGGUUUCGCAAUCAGCUCUCGAAACUUACGCAGCCCGGAAAAAACUCACGUUGAGUGGGACAUCAGCAGACGAACUCAACCCGUUUCGACGUGGAUAUUUCAAGAAGUUCGAGGCCAACGAAUAA